AAAAUUCUUAUAUUUAUUAAGAUAUUACACCAUUACAAUGGACCAAUCAUCAGUUCUGGAGAUAACUGAGAUUAUUACAAGUACAGUGAGGAGUAGAGAGAUCGUAGAUCAACUGAUCAAAGCAGGUCAACCUAUUGGACUCGACGCAGAAGGGAUUGAACUCGGACCUAAAGGACCGGUCACCUUAGUACAGAUAAGUACCCAAGAAGGUCAGAUUAAACUGUUUGAUGUGAAAUCUAAUCCAUCUUUAUUCCUGGGUGGAGGACUAGCAGGACUUCUACAGUCCAAGGAUAUUGUCAAGGUAAUUCAUGCUUGCAUGCACGAUUCUGGAGCUUUCUACUUCCAGCAUGGAAUUAUUCUACAGAAUGUAUUUGAUACACAGGUUGCGGAUGAAGUUCUACAGAUGAAGAAUAAUAGGAUUCCAUACUACAAGACCUCAAAAAAAUCCUUCAACCAUAUUUGUGAAGUUUUUGAUGUUCCAACCAAUCCCAUCAAGAUGGAGGUGUUGGCUGAGUUCAGGAAGGAUAAGUACUUCUGGGACAGAAGGCCUCUCACCCCUGAUAUGCAGUACUAUGCUGCUUGUGAUGUUAUUCAGCUAGUUCCAAACCUUUAUCAGAAGUUGAAGAGUGCUCUGGAUUUUACCGAUAUGACGCUAUAUGAAGAGAUGGUUGAGGAGACUAUCCAUAUGUACUUCCUCUCUCCCUCUCUAGACCUCAGGGUUCAGAACAGGGAGGCUCCUGUUCUUAUCAGAGCUCUUAUACUACCCGAGAAAGCAGGAUAUGUUAUCGGGAAAGCUGGAGCUACAAUCGACCAAAUCAACGGGGCUGGAGAUAAUGCAGUUAUUCGCUUCGGCAGGGCUUCCCGUAACAAUGGUGUCUUAAGAGUUCUUAACGCUUAUGGGGAAACCUGCCAAGCCACUGUUAAAGUAUUAGAGGCUGGUUUAAGGAAGACGACACCUAGCAGAUCGGAACCAAGAUCUGUCAUGUUUCUGAUGAACAACCAUAUUGUUGACAUUGUCUUUGGACGUGGUGCCGAGAAGAUCCAGGGUAUCUGUGAAACUAAAGAUGUUAAAGUUCUGAUUUCUACCAAUUUUGCACUGCAUUCAGAUGAUAGAGUCAUCAAGAUUGAGGGAAGCUGUGGAAACAUGAUGUCAGCUCUCCAGCAGAUCUACGAUAGAGUUGGAGGGACUAAGGGUAUUGGGAAGAGAUAUGACCCUGAAAUUCAGGAGAUCUGGACUCCAAGAUUCUAGAGGGAGCAAGGAGGAUAGUCGCAGACAUAUGUGUUUUUGUGAUUUUCUCAGCUUAUCUAAAAUGUUGAUGAUUUUUUCAUCUCUGAUGUUUACUUGUGUGCUGUUCCUUUUUCCUUUUUGUGAUAGAUAGAUUUACUACAAUUUCAAAUGUAUCCUACAUUCUCAUUUUGAUUAAUGUGAUAGAUGGAUUGAUGAAAAUUUCAAAUGUAUCCUACAUUCUCAUUUUGAAUAAUGUGAUAGAUGGAUUGAUGAAAAUUUAAAAUGUAUCCUACAUUCUCA